AUGCCGGUUCCUUUCGGCGGAAUUGGAUAUAGAUCUUGGAGAAGAAGUGUAUUACGAGCUUUAUCGGUUAAAAACAAACUAGGGUUUAUUAAUGGAGAAUGUAGGAAACCUAGCCCAAAUUCAGCUCAAUUUCGCCAAUGGAAAAGAUGUGACGAUAUGGUAACUUCCUGGAUUCUCAAUUCCUUUGCAAAGGAGAUUUCUGAUAGCGUUGAGUAUGCAAAUAACUCUGUUGAAUUAUGGAGGGAGCUGGAAGAUCGAUACAAUCAAACAAAUGGAGCAAAGUUAUAUCAGAUCCAAAAGGAGAUCAACGACCUUGUUCAGGGAUCAUUGGAUAUUACUGCCUACUAUACACAAAUGAAGAGAUUGUGGGAAGAACUAAACACUCUGAGUGCAAAUCUCAGUGCAAUUACAUUUGCACAUGAAGAGAAGCAAAGGGAGUUCAGGCCAAGUAGUCAGUUGAACCUAGAAUCUACCUCAUUACAUGUAAAUGAUGCACCUACACAACACCAAAGUCCAUUUGGAGCUAAAAAUUUCAAAACACAUUAUACUCCAAACAAUAUAGGUCGCCCACUCUAUGACUACUGCAAAAGACCGGGUCACACAAAGGAAAAGUAUUACAAGUUACAUGGCUAUCCGCAAAGAAAUUCAUACAACAAUCAAAAUCCUAAUCGAGCCAAUACUCAACAGUUCAAUCAAAAUAAUAGUUCAAACCAAGUUCAGGGUCACAGAUUCAACAGAGGAAAAGAAGUCGUGGCAAAUGUGCAUGGAGUCCCAGCUGAUGUGUUUCAUGAGAGGGAAGAUGAUUCAGUAACACAUGAAGAGGAUCAAAAUGUCAAUCUAACAAAUGAGCAUUAUGUCCAAAUAAUGAGUCUUCUAUAG